CACACCAGGCCCAUCAACUUCCAUGCUCAGAAAGAACCAGAGGUUCUCGACGAUUUGGAGAAAAGUGGGGAAGAGCCCAAGAGGCCAAGCUCCAUUGAACCAGAGGAAGACUUUGAGACAGUGCCUCAACAAGAACGCACCAGGCCCGUAGACUUCCCUGCUCAGAAAGAAACAGAGAUUAUCGAUGAUUUGGAGAAAAGUGGGGAAGAGCCCGCCAGGCCAAGCUCCAUUGAACCAGGGGAAGGCAUGGAGACAGAGCCUCAACAGGAAGGACAGCAUGAGAUCCACCUACAAGCUCUACCGUACUACAAUAUCCAACAACCAGAUGUCAGUACGGACUCGGAGGUGAAUGCGAGUGGACCAGUUCAUGGGCUGGCUUGAAGCAAGACAGGGAAAGGAACAGUAUUUCAUUUGGACAGUACAUACCUCUUGAAACUGUGAG